AUGGAUGUUUUCUCUGAUGUAAGUGAAUUGAUUUGUAUUGGGAUGCAUGUGAAAUGUACGCACAACCCUUUUGGGUGCCUUCUUUUUUUUUUUAUUUUGUUUUUGCUUUAUUAUUAUUAUUAUAAUUUCGGACCGCUUUGCUCAUUUACUUUUGCCAUGGAAUUUUAUAUAUUGUGGUCAGGGGCGUGUGUAAGAUUGCCGUCCACACUUCUCUUUGGGCAAGGCCAGAAGCCGACUGAUCAAGAAAGGGGAAAAAAACAAAAAAAAAGCCAAAAACACACACACAGGGACACAGAUACAUAUAUAUAUAUACAUACAGUAACUUUAUCACCAGAAAGGAGGGGCGGGAGGGGAAGGGGAACGUACAUGGAGGAGAGGCGGCAAAAGUUUUACCCGGAAGAAGAAAUUGUCGCGUUGGUGCGAUCUCUCGACCGGCCGCAGGAUGAGGGUCUUUUUUCAAUGGACGUCUUAGUUGCGUACCCUCACCUUGAACAGGAGUACACGCGGGUAUGUCCAAAGCGAUGUGACCUUGCGACUGCCGCGGAGAAGGCCGCCAAUGAGGCAUACAGCUACGACGUGAACCUCACAGCUCUACGGGAAGACAUUAAGUUGAUGGUGAAUAACUGUUACCGCUUUAACGGCACGAAGGGGCCUCUAGCUAAUAUUGCCGAGCGAUUUGAGGCAUUUGCGAAAGAGCAGAUUGACGCGUACGUUACAAAAAAGGCCGGGGGACGCCGUCUAUCGUCGUUGCGACUGUCUGCUGUCACCGCCACCGCGGCGGAGACGAGUCGUGGAAAGCGACAGCGUGUUGAGUCCAAGGACACGUCAGGCGUCCAUGGCUCCCAGAAACCACAGCAGCAUAGAGGUGGUGACAAGAGUCGCUCCGGUGAAAUGGACGGUCCCUCUGCGACUAGCGCGGAGAUGGUCAGGCUAGUGGACUCGCUGAACCGCCGCGAGGAUCAGGGGGCCUUCGCGGUGGACGUGGUGGAGAAAUACCCGGAGCUGAAGAAGUCAUACGAGGAGGUGUGCCCGGUGAAGAUGAACCUUACCAUUCUCAGAGAACGUGCGGCAAGUGGGUAUUAUUUGGGAAUUCCGCAACCAACAACAACAUCAAAAAAUCCGGAGCCACAGACGCAAUCGAAGCGCAGGCAAUUGUUGGCGAGUGAUGCGUCCCCGUCGUCUGUCUUUGGCAGCACCAUUGCAGAGUCGUUGGUGCUGCUGCGGAAUGACGUGGAGCUGAUGGUAUCCAACUGCGUUCGAUUUAAUAGCAAUGUGCAGUCGUGGGUGGAGCUUGCGAGAUCUUUUCAAUCUUUUGCCCACAAGAAGAUUGACGACUUUGUUAUUCGUCACGUCCCUGCCCUAAAAGGCACCAGGUCCGGAGUUGACGCAUAUGUCACGGGGGAAAAACAACAAUCGCAGCAACAAUUACUCUCACAGGCAUCAAAAUCACAGCAGUUGCAUUUUACCAGCAGUCAAGAUGAUGAGCGAAUGGUUACGAGCACACAUUCUUUAGCUUCCCCUUCUUUUUCUCUUCCCUCUACAACGACUGCAACAACAUAUGCAAUGAAGGGAAGGGCGGCCGAAGCUGCAAAUCCUCCGCUACGGGCCCCGGCGGUGACAGUUGCGAAUUACAUCACACCAACCAUUGUGCCAACCGCACUGCAGCCAGUGUUUGCAACACCAGAUGCCUUACGCCGACGGCUGGUUUCGGACCAUCUUCACCGCGAGACGCUUCGAGCACGUAUUAUUCGCCUAUCCACUCGUUCUCAUAAUGACAAAGGGGAAAACAAAGAUACUAUCAAAAAUGGUACUGAUAAUAAUAAAGAGGAAGAGGAGGAGGAGGAGGAGGAGGAGGAGGAAAAUUCCGUCCAGCACACGUAUAACUCUGCAUUUAGCUGCCGUGCCGUUCUUUGUGCGUUUGCUGGUUCCGUAAGGGAGUUUUAUAGAUUGAAACGGGAGUGUCAAAACUUUGUCACCCCGUUUGAGUACCCGCGGCAGGAGGAACAGCUUUAUAUGGACUGCAUUGUUCUUAUUGAGCAGCAGUUUGAGCGUCUUUUUCUCCACACACUUCUGUACGAUAAGGAGAAGGCAGACUUUUAUGAUUGGAAUGCCAAGAAGGCCGUUCGGAAGAUUGUCGGAAGUGUUGAGGUUACCUCAUUAAAAGAAAAGGACCAUGAGGGUUUCCUUUGUGGUUUUGGGUCUUCCUGGCUUGAUGAUGCACACUUGUGUUAUCUUGUUCGGUUUCUGCAGCACCUUCCACAACUAAUGGGACUUGCCUGCGCCACAACUGUUCAUUUAACAGGGACAGAAUCAAAAAACGCGAGGCCGGCACUGCAGAUCACGGAGGUUGCUAAGGGUGUCAUAGAGAAGCUUGCCAGAAUCACGGAGGAGCUGUUGACAUUUAUUGCACAGUAUGAGCAGGAGGCAAUGAAUAUGGAAAGUCAUGCGGAAAUUGGAAAAGAAAUAUCGUAG